GGUCCAUCAAACAUCUAACCUGAGCUCUGUCUCUCUCAGCUGAUCAGGUGUAUGGAGACCAGGACAUGCAUGAAGUGGUCAGGAAACACUGUAUGGAUUACCUGAUGAAGAACGCAGAUUAUUUCUCCAGCUACGUGACAGAGGAUUUCACCACAUACAUUAACAGGAAGAGGAAAAACAAUUGCCACGGCAACCACAUCGAGAUGCAGGCCAUGGCCGAGAUGUAUAACAGACCGGUGGAGGUGUAUCAGUACAGCACAGAGCCAAUCAACACGUUCCACGGCAUCCACCAGAACAACGACGAGCCCAUCAGAGUGAGCUACCACCGCAAUAUUCACUACAACUCUGUGGUGAAUCCCAACAAGGCCACGAUCGGGGUCGGACUGGGACUGCCCGCCUUCAAACCAGGGCCCCCUCAGUACGCAGAGCAGUCUCUGAUGAAAUCGGCCAUCAAGACGUCGGAGGAGUCAUGGAUCGAGCAGCAGAUG